CAGCAAAAGCAUCACCUCCGGGCUCAGAGCUUUGAUAAUAAUCUAGACUUUGUAGCUUUUUCCACCUGCUGCUGCCUUUAGACAAACUUACAAUGCCUUCACUUGGUCUUUCCUUCUUUAUCCUGGGUUUUGCUGUGGCUUCUGUCACAGCAAAUACAGCAGUCAGAGCAAUAACCACAGCUUCAGACAAACUUGGCGCAAACGUCACUUACGCCAUCACUGUAACAACCCUCAGCAGCAACAACAACAACAUCACCACUGAUAACAGCCCAAUCAUCAACACAACACAAAUGGAUGUCACUACCAGCAGUGCCAUGAAUGUGACGAAGGGCAACAGCACCAUUUCACCCUUGACAACAAAGCAGAAGAGUGAUGAAAGUCCUGGCAAUACAAGCCACACCACAGUGCCCUCAGUGACCACACCUAAACCCAAGGAGCCUACUAAAAAGACUGCAACCAAUCCAAAGCCCAAAGAGAAAACCACCACUGCUAAGCCAAAGACAGCAGCAGCAGCAAGCGACAGCACUGGCAUCAUCAUCCUAGUUGUGAUUAUCCUCGUAGCUCUUGCAUUUGGAGUUGCCUGCUACUUCGCACGGAAGAGAGGAAGGCGCUACUCUGUAGACUUUACUUCCAGACCAGAUGAAGCCAACAUCCCUCUGAGCACUAUUGAGCCUGAGUUGCCUAUUGAUUCUGCACCUCAGAACGGUCUGACAACCUUUGAAAGUGCAGAAACUACUACACAAGAGCCGCAAGAACCAGAGGCAAAACCUGAAGCACAGGAGGAGCAGAAAGCUGAGGCCGAUAAACCUGCUGUCGAACCCAGCGCUGAGUCUGCACCCCCAGCCCCGUCCCCAGACAGCUCUGAGGACAAACCCAAAGAGGACGUCGUUGAGCAGCCUCCUCCUGCUGCACCUGUGGAGCAGAAUGUGGAGGAGAAAACUGACGAUGAAGGCACCGUCUCCAACAAGACCUCAGUGGAGUCGCUGAAGGAGACAAAUGAGAACAACAGCAACAAUGUCUGUCAGUUGAGAGAUUUGGAGAGGAGCAGCAUAUUCUGGGACGUUCCUCUCAGUUGUCCUGUGUGAGACAUACCGCCUCUCUGCCCCUGUGUGGUUCUCUUCAGGAACUUGAUUGAAGAAGUGACCACGGUGAAGGACACGACUGUGAGACCUAGUUGUCUGUUGCCUCCUGGUUGGAAACAAAUUUUCUUGUAACACAGCAGCUUUUUUUGAAGUUAAACGUCAGCUGAGCUCAGCUUUUCAAGUAUUUUACCAA